UGGGACAAAAUGGCGGACCGAGGCGUCACAGGCGGAGCCAUUUUCUCUCGCCCUUUCUUCUGUGACCGCCGCAGGCCCGUCAUCCAUAUUAAUUAAUUAAUUAGAGAACGGAAAAAUAAUAAAAUUAAAAAAAUAAAAUAAAUAAAAAGUGAGAAAAGUUCGUAUAACGCAUUCUGCCGUCGGAUUUCAAAAAGAGACUAACUCUCGAGAGGUGGGCGAGGUGCCACUUGACACCAGUUGACUCCGGGGCCCGACUCGCAUAAUUGUCAUGUCGUCAACCGUCAAAGACGAAAGCCAGGAAUUGGGUUUUCUUGAGGAGGAGUCCCUGGAAACUUCAGAGACUUGGCUUGAAGAGCAGCAUGCGCUCGAGGCCCAACUCUGCUCUGAAUGCACCAUACGCGAAGAGCCCGAGACGGUAAGGGCGUGGCGCGAGGAGCAGAGGAGACGCAUCGAGGAGAAAGACAGACUCGAAGACGCUGACAAGAAAAGGCUCAAAGAAAGGGCUCGCGCUGAGCUUGAGGAGUUCUACAACCGGUACAACGCCGAAGUGGAGCGCGUCAAGAUGGCUGGAAGGGCAAACCGAGAGCCAGCUGGCGACCCAGGUGAUGGUGAUGGUGAUGUAGCAGGUGGGGAGGCUGGCAGGUGGGACAGGGUAGCCAGGUACUGCGACCUCACCGUCAAACCAAAGACCGCCGAUAAGAAGGACACGUCCCGAAUGAGAUCCAUCAUCAUCCAGCUCAAAAGCGAGUCAAAAUCAACUAAAGUAUUAAAUUAAACUUGAAAUCAUAAAAGACAAACAUGUAUGCAACAAAAAAUGUAUGAUCUUAAGAUAAAAUAAAAAUAUUUUUCACUUUCAGAAGAUAUCUAAUAGUUUGGAAGAUCGUCAGAUCGGAUGGAUGGAAAUAUCAUCAGAUCUGAUGGUUUUUCGGAUAGACAGAUCUGACGGAUGGAAAUAUUAUCAGAUCUGACUAAUUGGGAGAUCAUUAAAUCCGACGGUUUGAAAUAUCACCAGAACUGAUUGUUUUUCAGAUUGUCAGAUCUGACGAAUUGGGAGAUUGUCAAAUCUUAUGGUUAA